AUGGCGGACAAAGAUGAAGAAUCUUCCUCAGAUUACAUGGUUUGUGAUUCGAUUUCCAGGCUAAUUCCAAAGGGGUUUAUGAUGUCGAACUCUACAGAUGAAGUAGUUCUUUUUGUAAAUGCUGGAGCCAAAACCAUAGUGGAACUGGAUUCGAAUAUGAACUUUGUGGCGGAUAAGUUUUUUGAAGGGGGCGACGUAUUUGAAACGAAUGAGUGUAUAACUGAGGGUGGUGAUGUUUCUUUCAUUUACCGCACAGCGAGACUAGGGAAUUUUCAGUAUAGGUUUGACAAUCUGCCAGAGGGAGAUUACUAUGUUGAUCUUCACUUUGUUGAGAUGAUAAACACAUUUGGUCCGAAAGGGUUGAGAGUUUUCAAUGUAUAUUUGCAGGAAGAGAAGGUUCUUGCAGAUUUUGACAUCUUCUCCGUAGUCGGAGCCAAUAGACCAUUGCAGCUAGUUGACUCGAGAGUCUCUGUCAAGAUSGGCGAGGCGAUUGUAAUUAGGUUUGAAGGGAUCACUGGUAGCCCUUUGGUCAGUGGAAUCUGCAUAAGAAGAGCUCCUAAACUUCCUGAUGAUGAUGUAAUACAUGAUUUUCUAAGAUGUCAAAACUGUGCUGCUGAUAUAGAAGUCCCUUCAGUUCAGAAGAAAGUAAUGCGAAAGAAAUCAAUAGAGAAGUAUGAGAAGAGGAUACAAGAGUUGACUAGUCAGUGUCAGCGUAAGACCGAUGAAUGUUAUCAAGCUUGGAUGUCUUUGACUGCAGCAAACGAGCAGCUGGAGAAGGUCCGCAUGGAACUUGACAAUAGGUUGUUCCAGACAUCUUCUCUUGACCAAAAGAUGGAGAAACAAUMUGAACAGUUGAAGGACUUGUCAAGUAGAUAUGAACAUGACAGGAAGAUCUGGGUUGCUGCAGUCAAGGAAUUAUCACACAGAAUAAUGGUCUUGAAACAAGACCACUCCCAGCUCUCUCUUCAAGCACACCAAUGCGCUGACACAGUUCCUGAUCUAAAUAAUAUGGUUUCUGCAGUUCAAGCAUUGGUUGCGCAGUGUGAGGAUCUUAAAAUGAAGUACAAUGAAGAACAAGCAAAGAGAAGAAAGYUUCAUAAUCAAAUUGAGGAUGCGAAAGGAAAUAUAAGGGUGUUUUGCCGUUGUCGUCCACUAAGCAAAACAGAAGCUUCAGCUGGGUGCUCAACAGUUGUAGACUUUGAUGCAGCAGCGAAUGGAGAACUUGGGGUUCUAAAUAGCGGUUCCACYAAGAAGACCUUCAGAUUUGAUAGGGUCUUUACACCGAGUGACCAUCAAGUUGAUGUUUUUGCACAUGCUUCACCGCUGGUAACUUCAGUUUUGGAUGGGUACAAUGUAUGCAUAUUUGCAUAUGGGCAAACGGGAACGGGAAAGACAUUCACCAUGGAGGGUACAGAGGGAAAUCGAGGGGUGAAUUACAGGACACUUGAAGAGUUGUUUAAAAUUUCGAAAGAGAGAUCUGACACUUUUACCUACAAUAUAUCAGUUAGUGUGCUUGAAGUCUACAAUGAACAAAUAAGGGAUCUUCUGGCAACACCAUCAUCAUCCUCCAAGAAGCUGGAAAUAAAACAAGCUUCUGAAGGUUUUCAUAAUAUUCCUGGGCUAGUUGAAGCAAAAGUUGAAAAUAUWAAGGAAGUCUGGAAUGUACUGCAAGCCGGAAGCAGUGCUCGAGUUGUUGGAUCCAAUAACGUGAACGAGCAUAGCAGCCGUUCUCAUUGCAUGCUUUCUAUUAUGGUAAGAGCACAGAACUUGUUAAACGGUGAGUGCACCAAGAGCAAGCUAUGGCUUGUGGAUUUGGCAGGUAGCGAGAGACUUGCAAAGACGGAUGCUCAAGGCGAACGUCUCAAGGAGGCUCAAAACAUCAAUCGAUCUCUUUCUGCUCUCGGAGAUGUUAUAUCUGCUUUAGCAAAUAAAAGCAGUCACAUUCCGUACAGGAAUUCAAAGCUCACACAUUUACUUCAGGAUUCAUUAGGGGGUGACUCAAAAACAUUAAUGUUUGUGCAAAUUAGUCCAUCAGAACACGAUGUGAGCGAGACUUUGAGUUCAUUGAACUUUGCAACGAGGGUCAGAGGAGUUGAGUUAGGUCCUGCUAAAAAGCAAAUUGAUACGGGUGAGCUUCAGAAAUUGAAAACGAUGCUUGAUAAAGCAAAGCAAGAAUCACGUCUCAAAGACGAGUCGUUGAGGAAGUUAGAAGAAAGUUUACAGAACAUAGAAAGCAAGAGUAGAGGAAAAGAUCAAAUGCAUAAAAACCAGCUCGAAAAGAUUAAAGAACUUGAGGGCCAGGUUGAGUUGAAAACAGGAUUACACUCUCAGUUAGAAAAACAAGUUCAACAUCUUUCUGAAAAGUUGAGGGCGAAAGAAGAAUUCAACAGCGGGCUCCAACAAAAGGUCAAGGAGCUCGAGAACAAGCUUACAGAGAAAGAAUCAGGUGUUGGAACGUACCAACAGAAGGUCAGGGACCUUGAAGAGAAAUUGAAAGCGCAAGUCAAAGAGUCAACAUCCUGCUCCGCGACCCUUCAAGCUAAGAUCGAGGAACUUGAAAGGAAACUGAAAGAACAGGAACAAAAUUCUGAUACAACCUCACUCCAUAUGAAGAUUAAGGAGCUUGAGAAGAAGCUUAAAGAUCAAGAAAGGCGAAUGUCUAUUGCUACGAUUGCAGAUUCCUCUAGUUCCAUGAGAUCGACACCCCGUGAAGAAUGCAAAUUCGUUGGUGAGGCCGAACAACAUAUUUUAAGGAGUUCAAAUCUAAUGAACCGGCAAACGGCUGCUAGCCAUAAUCGGUCAAAGAGAAACGACUCUCUUGGUAGCUAUGGGGGUGAACUGCGAAGAAAGAGGUUGUCAAGAAAUAGCGAAGUAGAAAAUGUUGAUGUUCCUUCAACUUUUAACAACGACAACAAGUCGAGGAAGUCUGACCCACCUAAACCACACCACAGAGGCUCAACAAGAGUGGUUAAACCAGCAGCACCAGUAACUCAGAGACCGGUUCAUAUUAGUAGACCAACUCAAGGAGUCAAAGAUCGAGAGAGUAAGAAAAGGAUGUGGGCUUGAACUUGUUGAAUGCCAUGUGCAAAAAGGUUCAUGAUUUACGUAAUUCUGUUUUUAUCUUGUUUGAUAGAUCGUGAACCCAGAAUGCAAGCCGAUUUGCAUUGAUUAAUGAUUCCUAUUUACAGCAAUUAUGGCAUAAACUAGAAUAAGUUUUUAACUUUAUGGCUCUUUUCUUUUUGUUGAUAGUGGUGUGAAAGUCAAGAACCUGGGAACGCUCGUAGGAACGCCCAUAGGACGUCAUAUGU